ACUCAAAAGAGGAAGAUAGCUGACAAAAAAGAUGCUAUAAUUGGUCGAGAUAUAGGUCAGUUAUUUUGCCUGUACACAAUUGGUCAGGAGGUGGGACUUGGCUUUGAAUGAACAGAGGAAGUGUCUGAAGCGUGAGACUGCAAAUCGAAAGAAGCCGGCAGAGACCACAAGGUUACCUAUUCAAUUCAGCGAAAGCAAGUACACUGCCUAAAGAUGGUGGACUCUCAGUACUACCUUCCAAACAGCAUUAGCAUCUCCAAGCUGGACUGCAAGGAGGCUUUUGGACUGUUAUCUGCGAAGGAGAAGCUCUAUGCCCACUACAUCUCUCGGGCGGCAUGGUAUGGUGGUCUUGUGGUUUUGCUGCAAACUUCCCCUGAGUCACCUACAAUUUAUGUGCUUUUGCAGAAGCUUUUCCGCAAACAGACCCAAGCGGAGCUGGAGAAGGUGGCCAGUGAAGCUGGACUAAGUCCAGAGGAAUACCAGGCUGUCCUGGUAUAUGCUGCAGGAUUCUAUGCCAAUAUGGGAAACUACAAAUCGUUUGGAGACACCAAAUUUAUCCCCAACUUGCCAAAGGAGAAGCUGAAGGCUUUGGUGUGGCAGAGUAAGGCCUUCAAGGAAAACCCUGCAGAGAUGGAAUCACUGUGGAACAGCUGCUCCAAACUCCUCUUCUCACUGGAGGACAGACAGAAGCAGCUUGGACUGGGUCAGGAUGGGAUCACCACAUAUUUCUCAGGAAAUUGCUGUUUAGAGGAUGCCAAACUGGCCCAGAAAUUCCUGGAUUCUCAGAAUCUGAGUGCCUACAACACCAGACUGUUCAAGAGGGAGCCAGAGGCGGGGAAGCAGGCCUAUGAGGUUAGACUGGCCUCUGCAGUGAAGAUGGAUUGUGUUUCUGAUGGGGAAGGCCAGACCCGCUGUGGCCGUUAUGAUUUCGAAGACGCCGUGUUCAAUGUUCAUAGAGGUGACUAUGCUCCCCUUAUGGAAAAAGUCAGCCAAAAUUUGGAGAAAGCCAAGACCUAUGCGUCCAAUGAGAAUGAGGUUCGUAUGCUGGAGGAGUAUGUUAAAAGCUUCAAUUUUGGAUCAGUGGAUGCACACAAAGAAGGUUCCCGUUUCUGGAUUAAGGACAAGGGUCCUAUUGUGGAGAGUUACAUUGGUUUUAUCGAGAGCUACAGAGAUCCUUUUGGAUCCAGAGGGGAGUUUGAAGGGUUUGUUGCCGUGGUGAACAAGGCAAUGAGCGCUCGCUUUGCCCAGCUGGUGAGCAAGGCCGAGGUGCUGCUCCCAGAGCUGCCGUGGCCAGCGGCCUUCGAAAAGGACCACUUCCUGCGGCCCGACUUCACUUCCCUGGAUGUGCUAACAUUCGCCGGCAGCGGCAUUCCAUCGGGCAUCAACAUCCCCAACUAUGAUGACAUCAGACAGUCAGAGGGUUUUAAAAACGUGUCUCUGGGAAACGUGUUAGCUGUGGGCAGCAUCACUCGUAAAGAGGACCUCACCUUCCUCGAGGAGGACAUCAAGGAUUUGUACCUCAAACUGGUGGGCCCUGCCUUUGAGGUGCAGGUGGGGCUACAUGAACUCCUGGGUCACGGCAGUGGAAAACUCUUUGUUCAGGAUUCAAAGGGAAACUUCAACUUCGAUAAGGGCAGCAUUUGCAACCCACUGACUGAACAGUUGGUGUCGAGCUGGUACCAGGAGGGUGAGACGUGGGACAGCAAGUUCUCCACCAUCGCCUCCAGCUAUGAGGAGUGCAGGGCCGAGUGUGUAGGCAUCUACAUGUGUCUCGGCAAAGAGGUGCUCAGCAUCUUUGGGCACGAGGGAGAGGAUGCUGAGGACGUGCUGUACAUCAACUGGCUGAACAUGGUGCGUGCCGGCCUGCUCGGACUCGAGUUCUACACCCCAGAGAGCAAAACCUGGAGACAGGCCCACAUGCGCGGUCGCUUUGUCAUCCUGCGAGUGCUUCUGGAGGCUGGAGAGGGGCUGGUGACCCUUAAGGCCACCACUGGUGCUGACGGACGACCGGACAUGGUCAUCUCACUGGACCGUUCCAAGAUCAAAACUGUGGGCAAAAAUGCCAUCCAGAAAUUCCUGUGCAAGUUACAGGUUUACAAGACCAUUGCAGAUGUGGAAGGUGGCCGUGCUCUGUAUGAGGGCUAUUCUGAGGUGAACUCUGAUGGCCCUCACGACUUCCUUCGCAUCCGAGAGACAGUCCUGCUCCGAAAGGUGGCUCGGAAGCUGUUUGUCCAGGCCAACACUGUGGUCAAAGGGGAGAGUGUGGAGUUGGUGGAGUAUGAAAACACAGCGGCGGGACUGGUUCAGUCGAACACUGACCGCUUCCAGGAGGAUGCAGAAGAGCUGGAGCGCCACCUGCUGGAGCUGAGCUCUCAGGACGUGUCGUGCUGGUGCUGAGGAAGGCACAGCAGACCAGAGCCAACUAG